GGCUAUUCUCUUCGAGUACGACAUCAUCACCACCUUUGCCGGCCCCAACAUCAUUCGCUAAUUUAUAUCUAUAAGGGCUCGCCCCAACUCACCGUAGGUAAGAAAUGUAGUUGUCUCAAGUUAUCAUCUUUCUAUUUAGUAUCGAUUCAUUUCGACGAGCUUGAAGAUGCUUCGACUUACCCUUGCUGCCCUAGGGCUUCUGGCCGUUAAAGCUGGAGCGCAAUGUACUCGGGAAGACCUCAUCGCUGCUACCGACAGCCUCCUAGCAGCACAGACCGCAGGAACACCCGACGCCGUAGCUCCACUUGCUGACACCGUCGCAUACCUGGAAGCGUUCGAGACAGCCGAUAUCACGACCGGCAUCCUGUCACAGCCUCUAAAAAUUGACUUCAACCGCAGUCUUCACGAUACCACCCAAUGCGCGACGUACACCGAGAUCAUCGUCACGGACCCAACUCACCCGUACGUAUUGGGAACGCAGAUGCGCUUCGCAGACGGCAAGAUCGCGAACAUCAGCACUCUCGUGACCGACCAAGGCGACUGGCUCUUCAACGCUACCGGCACUUACUACUGGGCCUCCCGAGAAAACUGGGACCCGAUCCCGGAGGACCAGCGCGACACCCGAGAAGUGAUUCAAGCCGCUGCCGACGCCUACGCCGAUCUCUUUAACGAUAAAUCCGUGGAAGUUCCCUGGGGCCAUCCGUGUGCUCGUCUCGAAGGUGGCGCCUACACUGGAACAGGCUCAGAAAACGACAGUUGCAACGUCGGCGUUCCUAGUGGUGUCUCGUUAACUAACCGUCGCUAUGUCAUUGACGAGACGCUCGGUGCUGUCGACGUCUUUAUUGACUUUGCGACUGUCCCCGAUAGCCACGAAUUCCGAGUGGAGAAGGGCCAGCUUCGAUUUGUCCACACUCUGACUGUGAUGGGAGGUUAAAAUCGAAUAUUCUAAAUUGAUAGUUCUCCGUAUCUUGGUUAGCCUAACUUUUGGCAGAGGACAUGCGUGUAGGGUUUACUUAGGUAUGGGUAGGUAAAUAAAACAUCGCACGUCGAACAAUAAAAUCUGGAUUAUGUCAGAGUCAUUCCGCAUAAUAAUUAGUAGUUAAUUCGUUGACAGAUGACUCAAUGAGUGCCGUAGAAAUAGGGGGUUAUGGUUUAAGCCACAGUUGCCCACUAACUUAAUAUUAUGCUUAAAUCGAAUCGUUUCUAUAUCGCGUAUAUAAAG